AAUAUAUUCUCUCUGACUCCAGAAGUGAGCACUGAAGAUCGACUGUGACAAUGGAGACACGCAGGAUCCUCAUGAGGAGUUUGGCUGUUGCGGUGGUCAUUGCAUCUGUGAUCUGGACUACAACAGCUCAAGAUAAAAAAGUGAAGGAAUCAUGCUGCACUCAAGUCUCCACAGCCAAGCUGACCGAUCCCAUCCUCAAUAUCAGGCUGCAACAUGAAAGUCUUCCAUGUGUGAAGGCCGUCAUCUUUGAGACAGAGCGGGGAGAUUCCUGCAGUGAUCCAAGACAACCAUGGGUGAAGGAGAAAGUUAAGAAUUUCAGAGCUCAAAGAAACAAACCCUGACUUCCACACCAAAGCAAUGAGAACACAUGACAUUGAAGAAGUUACAAGUUACAAAAUUAUUUUACAAAUUUUAAAUAUAAUACAAAUUAAAAUUUUCUGUUGUAUUUAGAACAUUUGUAAUUGAAACAUAUUUCAAUUGAAUAUAUGAAAUAUUUAUGUUGUCAAAUACAUGUUGUCCAAUUUGAGAGUGAAAGUUUUUAAUUUACUAAGAAAAUGAAUUAUAGUGAGACUGUUACAGAAGUGGCUUAAAUAAAAUAUUAGUAUAUAUUAUAUUUUACACUGAAAUAUGUUUCAUUGUGUCAUUUAAGGGAAUUUUAGACUGAUUUGUGUGAGAACAGCUGCAAUUUUUUUUUCAUUUGAUGAAGCCAAUGAACAGCUGCAAUCUGGAACAACAAAAGUUCAUGUUUCUGAAUUUGUGCAAGGGGUCUUUUUAUUAAGUUUUUUAUUUACCAUCUUUAUUAUUUUCUUCACGCUAUUUUUGCUAUGCAUUGUACAUUGUACUACUGAUUAUGUAUAUUUCAUAAUCUAUAAUCAAAUUUUACAUAGCAUGAAUAAAUUGGUACGUUAUGAGUGCUAACAAUGAGAAAGUCUUUUAUCUUGUGUCUUUUUUCCAACUAUUCAUGUAUGUUUGACUUAUCCACUUAAUUCAUGCUAAUACCAAAAUAGCAUCAAGCCACAUCAUAUUAAA